UAUAUAUGUUCGUUCACGUGAGCAUGCAGGAGGACUACGUACGUAGCAGGGAGAAUAUGGAGAGGAAACCAGGAGACUGGAACUGCAGGUCAUGCCAAUACGUCAACUUCUGCCGGCGGGACUCAUGCCAACGAUGUGGGGAGCCAAAGCUGGGCGUCGACCGGCCCGACUACACGAGCAUCAGUGGAGUAUGGGACGUGAAGCCUGGAGACUGGUACUGCUCAUGCGGCGUCCACAACUAUGCGAGCCGCUCCAACUGCUUCAAGUGUGGCGCCGCGAAGGAUGACUCCACCGCAGCGGUGGCUCACUCUUGGGGGUUUGGAUAUGGUGCACCGGCUGGAUGGAAAUCAGGGGACUGGAUUUGCACCAGGUUCGGUUGCAACAAGCACAACUACGCUAGCAGGACCGAAUGCUAUUGGUGCAAUGCACCAAAGGACCAUGGUGCAGGAUACCAAGGAGAAAACUGCAAUAGAUGAAGUCACUUAAAGUCUUGGACUCGUAUUUAUCCAAGUUUGUACUAACUUGGCCCCUCCUAGGGCUUCUUCAAUGGUGGCAUAGGGGGGAAAUCGUAGGGAAAUGUCUUUUUGUCGGCAUUUUGUAAUCUUUUCAUGUUAUAUCUGCCCUUCAAUCUUGUUCUAGUAGCAAUGUUCCGAAGGGCUUCUAGCUAUAUGUAAGACGGGAUUCGAACCUCAUAAAAGCUUAUCCAAGCCUCCUUUUCUACGAUGAGAAGAGUGGCAUGGCAUACCUAAGUUCUG